CAAAAAUAAAUCGAGUAUAAAAUCUGGACAUGGUUUAGGGCAACGGUCAGUCUUCGGUCUAGUCUUGUUAGGGUGAUUUUUAAUUGAAAGUGUAAAUGGGACGGAAUUUGCCAACUCCGGUACCUUGCAGGGUAUGUGGCGAUAGAUCUUUUGGAAAACAUUAUGGGGCUUAUUGCUGUGACGGAUGCUCUUGUUUCUUUAAGAGAAGUGUGAGAAGGCACGUGUUUUAUACAUGUAUUUCCGGUGAUGGUAAAUGUAUUGUCGAUAAAGCACGAAGAAACUGGUGCCCAUAUUGCCGUUUACAGCGUUGCUUUGCUGUAAAUAUGAAUGUAGCAGCAGUACAAGAUGAACGCGGACCACGGAAACCUAGGAUCUAUCCUAAAAGUAACCAUGGAUCCCCAAAUGCUACCGCUAUAAUACAGACGUCUAAAACUCCUACAGAAACUUUCGAACUUAUCGCCCACAUUUUCCUGUUCACCAUCAGACAAGUACGAUACAACUCAGGCUUUGGUUUAUUAAGUCGUCCCGCUCAAAACAAGUUACUAGGAAGUCUCUGGAGUUGUAUUCUCGUCCUGAAGAUCAUACAUUGGCCGGGAAUGGUAGAAAACCACUUGCUAAGAAGCUUAAGAACCAACAUGGGACAUUUUAAGCUGCUUAAUCUAGAUCUUUACGAGCAAGAACUUUUGCAAAAUAUUAUUUUAUGUAGGAGUGACUUGCUAUAUGAUGUUGAUCAACAACAAGCGGUUUUGGCAGGGAAUUUGCAGGAAAAAGCUGUAGAUGCUUUAUUUUUAAAAAACUUGGAAAAUAAGAAACGGUUUUUAAGAAUACUUUUGUCAAUUGCUUUAUUAUUUAGUUGUAAUUCGGAAUCUUUGUUUGAAAGCUUGUUUAGGCCAAUAAUAGGAAAUGUCAGUGUAGAAUCUGUAAUAGCUACGAUCUAAUCCUAAAACAAGUAUCUACAGAUACCUACUAUUUAUUAUUCAUUAUAUUAUUUUGUACAUA